ACAGGGGAGGGGAGGCUGGAAGCUUUCCUAUUGACAUUCAGCUCUAAUCCACUGAAGUAUCAGAGUGAGGCAGAUACAGGGAUACCCAAACACACCACACAGGAUCUGGGAACCUUCAGCAGAGCAUCUAAUCCAUGAACUGCACGAAAACUGUCUACUUUACAACACUGGAUUCCAGACAAGCUCAUCUGCAGCACUAUUAACUCCUACUCUAGAUUUGCAACUUUUGUUAAAUCACUACUCACCACAAACUUACAGUUUGGUAAAACGAAAGUUAGAAAAAGAAUAACAAUUUAUCCUGCUGAAAAGCUAUAACUUCUUGAGGAAGGUUCUGUAUAGACACUUUAUUAAAUCCCCAGGAACGUACUUAUUAUAAUUUGAAGGGGAACACCAGUAAAACAGUCAGAAUGUUGCCAUCUCUCUGGUACAUCACACUGAUACUACUACCAGCAUGCUUGAAAUCUCAGAAGUUACCAACUAGAGACGAGGAACUCUUUCAGAUGCAGAUCAGAGACAAGGCUCUUUUUCAUGACUCAUCUGUAAUUCCUGAUGGAGCAGAGAUUAGUGGAUAUCUUUUCAGAGACAACCCUAAAAGGUAUUUCUUUGUAGUGGAAGAAGACAAUACACCUUUAUCAGUCAUUGUCACACCAUGUGACGCACCAUUGGAGUGGAAGCUGACAUUACAGGAACUUCCCGAAGAAGCCAGUGGAGAAGGAUCAGGUGAACCUGAACCAUUGGAGCAGCAAAAGCAGCAGUUUGUGCAUGAGGAUGGUACUGAGCUGUUCUCUUACAAAGGCAAUGAUGUGGAGUAUUUUGUUUCUUUAAGCUCACCAUCUGGUUUGUAUCAACUGGAGCUAAUUUCAACAGAAAAGGACACACAUUUCAAAGUAUAUGCUACUACAACUCCAGAGUCUGAUCAACCCUACCCAGAAUUACCUUAUGAUCCAAGGGUUGAUGUGACCUCACUUGGACGUACCACGGUCACGUUAGCUUGGAAGCCUACACCCACAUCAUCUGUUCUGAAACAGCCAAUUCAGUAUUGUGUUGUCAUCAACAAGGAACACAAUUUUAAAAGCAUUUGUGCUGUAGAAGCCAAGAUUAAUGCGGAUGAUGCCUUCAUGAUGGCGCCAAAGCCUGGGCUUGACUUUAGUCCUUUUGAUUUUGCUCAUUUUGGCUUUAUUUCAGACAACAAUGCAGGCAAAGAUAGAUUUAUAUCAAAAACCUCAUCAAAGAUGUUAAGGCAAAUAACUGCCAAACCAAAAGUGGAUCUUCAGAAGGUUUGCAUAGGGAAUAAAAACAUAUUUACAGUCUCUGACCUGAAACCUGACACACAGUACUACUUUGAUGUCUUUGCAGUAAACUCUGCCACAAAUAUGAGUACUGCUUAUGUUGGAACAUUUGCUCGAACCAAAGAAGAGGCAAAGCAAAAAACUGUUGAACUCAAGGAUGGUAAGGUGACUGAUGUAUUCAUUAAGAGAAAAGGGGCAAAGUUUUUAAGGUUUGCUCCAGUUUCUUCACACCAAAAAGUAAUUUUUUCUGUCCACUCCUGUCUGGAUGCCAUUCAAAUUCAAGUCAGAAGAGAUGGAAAAUUAAUUUUAUCACAGAGUGUGGAAGGAGUACGCCAAUUUCAACUAAGAGGAAAGCCAAAAGCUAAAUAUAUGAUCAGACUCAAAGGAAGCAAAAAAGGUGCUUCCAUGUUAAAAAUUUUAGCAACAUCAAAAUUUAACAAGCAACCAUUCCCUUCUCUACCCGAAGAUACCAGAAUCAAAGCUUUUGACAAACUGCGUACUUGCUCCUCCGUCACUGUUGCAUGGCUGGGUACACAAGAAAGAAAUAAGUAUUGUGUUUACAAAAAAGAAGUGGAUGAUGAUUAUAGCGAGGAGCAAAAGAAACGAGAACAAAACCAGUGUUUGGGACCAGAUACAAGAAAGAAAUCUGAAAAAGUUAUCUGUAAAUAUUUUCACAGCCAAAAUCUUCAUAAAGCAGUUACUACAGAGACAAUUAAAGGGCUUCAGCCUGGAAAGUCUUACAUGUUGGAUGUUUAUGUCAUGGGUCACGGAGGCCACUCAGUCAAGUAUCAAAGCAAAGUUGUUAAAACAAGAAAGUUCUGUUAAGAUUCUUCUGAACUCCUAUGUGAAAUGUAUCCUACAGUUACCGUAUUGACUGACUACUUGUGCAGCUGACAGUUGUGACUUGAUAUGUACAGUAUAUAGAACUUUGAAGAAAGAUACCAACUUGUUUUCUUCUGUUUACAUACAAAAGUGAUUGUUUGGAAGUUAUUAACAUGCUGCUUCUUGGAGAGUCUCAGGCAAAUGUCAUGACUAUAUGUUCAACGGCCUGCUUUAGAUGCAAAGUAGAUUAUAAUAUUGCCAGGAAUUGGAAAAUGGAUGGAAAACCAACUUUGGUUGCUUCAUACACUGCAUGAGCUGCUUCUAAAUUAUUUUACUACAUAAAUAGCCUUGGCAAGUCUAAUGGCUGUCUUCCUGUUCACAGAAAUACUAUCUAGAGAUGAUAAACUGACUAUCUGUAAAUUAUUUUAUAAAGUCUUGUCUUAAAUGUUUAUGUUUUAUGACUGUAAACUGAAAUCAUUCCCUUCUCAUACAGUUUUAUUAAGUAUUAACUGGACUGCAAUCUUGCUAAUUCAUUGGCUAUUGUACAUUUUACACAGCUGCUUUUAUUUUUUAAAUAUGUAUUGUAUGUAUAAAGAUGUUACACAUAUAUUCCUGUACAUAUAAAAUUAAAAAUAUGAGAUUAUAUAUUCUGUUUACUCAGUGUUUAAUAAAUCAAAACUGUGACCUUUUUAUGUAAA